UUGCAAUGUGGGAGUUUUGAGUCACAGAACUUGAACAACUUCUCCUUGCCCAAAGAAUAUCAAGUGGAAUAUGAAAGAAGGUAUAAUACCACAAAUUUAUUCUGAAAUAAAGAUGGCAUUGGUAAAACGCAAGUUUCUGUUUGAGUAAAAGCCUUAUUUUACUUCCUGGUUGUGGUAAUGACCUCGGAAACCAAUUAAAACCUGUACAUUUUCAAUUGUUAAAAGGUGCCUUGUUAACGGGUCCAAAAGGAACAUUUUAACAGUACAAUAGCAGUAUAAACUAAUACUGUGGUGUGGUUUAUGUCUGAUUGGUGUCUCUACCAAACAUACAAAUUGACGUUAAUGGUUUAGAGUGAGGCUAACAUUUUAUUCUUAACUUUAGUUGUCAGUAACAUAUAGAGUAAACCUUUCUGUUCAUUUCUAAAUUUGUAGUUUAUUCUGCAACCAUGUCUCGUGGUGAAUUUGGUAGUCCCUCAUAUGGUACCCUUUCUUCAGGUGUUAGAGUGAAUUUUGACAGGCCAUCAUCCAGAUACUCAGAAGGUAAAGUUGGAAAAUGAUGUAACAUUGACAAGCAUACUCAGUAUACACUAGGCACAGUCAUUCCUUUAUUAUUUCUUUGUUCUGUUUAUUUCAGGUGAUUUAGGUGAAAAUUUUCAGAUUCUCAGUGACAAUGUUAGUAGCAACAUCUUCCAAAUUAACAACAACAGUGAGUAUCCAAUAACUGGUUAUUUAAUCAAUACUUUUAAGUGCCUUAGUUGCGCUAUUGUCUUUUAAUGUCUCACACUACAUGUGACAUUAAUCUGCCACAAAUAAUUGUAAUGUAUGAUAAUUUUGAAUUUAUUUUGAUUUCCACUUAAGCUGCUGUAUUGGAGCGCACCCUUAAACAGUUAACAGCAGGAAAAGAUGGUCAAGAGGAAAAACUGUAAGUUGAUUUCUGUCUUUGUUGAUAAAAUGUUUCAUAUACCACAUAUAGCUUUAUCAUCAGCAAAAGAAAAAAAUAUAAUAAAUUUAAUUGUUACAAGUUUGAUGAUGAGACAUAAGGAAAGCUAAGAAACUUGAUGGUGAAAUCUGUGGCCUGUUGUCCUGUUGAACCCUUAUGGACCUGGCCAACCCUUGGAAAAGGAACUCAACCUUGAGAGGAGAGGUAGUGUUUCAAAAGAAGUCAAUGAGAGUUGUACUCUUAGUAUCCUCAAUUAGCCUGACAAUUCUCUUCUCUUUACAGUCAUAGAAUACAGAUAGCUACAAAUGACCUUGCUGGUAAAACAACUGCCAUGUUGAAACAGAUGAGUUCUUAUUGCGUUGGAAAUAGUCCUACAGUGGUAAGUGGCAAUUUGAGCAAAUAACAGUUCAUUCAUGUUAAUGUCAGCUUUUUUGGUUAAAAUAGAUAGAAACUUCCUUUAUUGAGGUAUUUUUGCUCCAAUAAGGUGUAAAGAUUUGACCUUUCAAUGUUCCAAAUUGACUGUAGUGUCUUAAUUGAGUCAUUUUCAAGUUCCAAAAACUCUUACUUUUGGAAACGAGACUAGUCACUAAAUAUUUCAUAUAAAAACAAGUUUCAUUUGCACAAUUAAAAAAAUUCAUCUUUUUUUAAAAGUUUGGUAUUUACCCUUAUUUUGAAAAAAGAAACAAGCUAAAUUAAGAACUAAUGUCAUGUUUUGACAUACUAUUAACCAAGCUAAUACUAUUUAUAGCAUUUGCUUGCUUGUAGACUAUUUUAUUUUUUAUUUUUUAUUUUACACUUAGAGGCAUCAGCGAAUACAACAUGAAAGAUUAAAGGGAGAUUUCAGAGAUUCAGUUUCACGUUACUACUCUGUUCAAAAUGUAAGUAGUGGAUAAUUGCCACCGUUUUGCUUUCUUCAAUUGCUUGACAUGAUGAUUAUAUAAUUAUAUACAAUCAUAGACUCCAAUAAUUAUUAAAGUUGUUACAAGAAACAAAGAAUGUUUUGACCAGUUUUUUAUUAUAAUCUUGUCUGCUGUUACCCCUUGUAGAAAGUGGUUGAAAAGGAGAAGCUUCUGGUGGGCUCAACAGGACUUUCACAGGUGAUCAGAAAAUUGUUUUUUAACUUUUUGGUUUUAUUACGAGACAGUCUAACAUGUGAAUAUUGCUCAAGUAACAACUCUCAAUUCAGUUUUUCUAUCAUCAACCCACAUAAAUUCUUUUAAAUAGAUGAAUUUUUUAUAUUAUACCUUGCAUCAUCCAGUUUUUAGCAACACCUACCUUUUUUGAUCAGGGGGGGGUGCAGAGAAGCAACUUCUCUGUAGUAAGGAGGUCACCAUGGCAAUCAAGUCAUAGCUGACAGCUCUGACUUGGUUUUAACCUUGUUUAAAUUACAGUUAGCUGGACUGAAACUUUUAGAAACCCUUUACUGAUUGUGGUAAUUUAUGUGUUAACCACAGAGGCAAGAUAGUAGAAGAUAUGGAGAUGAUGAGUUUGGAAAUGAGAAAAGUGGCUUAAUGGAGGAUGAUCUUAGGAGGUAAAUAUAGAGAAUUUACACAUUUCUCAUAGAAAUUAUGAUAAUGAUAAAAAAAUUACUUGAAUUAUUUUUAAUUUCCUAGUGCAGGCAAAAGACAAUUUUUCCUUCAUGUUUCUGGCAACCAUUCUGUCCAUAAAUUUAUGGCAAUUAGAAAAAAUGUAAAAAUUGCAUAAGUUUGGAUACUAAACCUUCCCAUUUAAUAUAUGUUCUAACUUGUUGUAUAUGGGUUGUUCUAGAAUGACAGAAAAUAGUUUCUCCCUUGUUUCCUUAUUUUUAGCUGAAAAUUGCUUCAAAUUUGGAAGAUUUCCUCAGGGCAGUCUAUUGCUUCAUUUUCAACCAUCCUUAUCUCUGUUUAUUUAAUUUAUCCAAUUCUAAUACCAUUGACACCAGGCAAGAGGAAGAGCAGUUGGACAUGCAGAUUGACAUUGAUCAAUCACUGAUAAGAGACAGAGAGGACAGAAUCCGACAGAUAGAAGUAAGUCUGGGUUAUAUUGUUAUUUCAAUCUAUAAAAUAAGCAACUAAAAGGUGAAGUUUGGCGACAAUUCAAUUAAAUUGUGCAAAAGAAAACAAAAUCUAUCUUCUCAUUGCUAUUCAUAACUUGAUAUAUAUUUAUUGGCAUUUGUGUAAAACUCUGGAACUGUUGCCUGAGUGCAAUCUUUUAAGUGGAGGGUUGGCUGUAUACAGGCCAUGCAAGUUAUGCUGAAGUAUUUUACUUUCUGCAUUUUGUAGGGAGAUGUUCUAGACAUCAAUGAAAUAUUCCGAGACUUAGCAACUAUGGUUUAUGAACAAGGAGAUCUUGUUGGUAAAAAGAUAAUCUUGUCAAGUUUUGAAUGUAGUUUUUAGUAAUUUUCUGAUUUGUUUAUAUAACAGAUGGAGAAAUGACACAGCCUUUUGCAGUUUUGGAACCAACUAGCCAGUUAAAAUACUGUAUAAUUAGAGAUUUUCACAUUGAAUUCAAUCAAUUAAUCAAGCAACUUGUUAAUUUCACAUCAUGCAAUGAGGUUACCCUUACAUCUGAGUCAAAGGCCUAUGUCUAAAAUGAAUGACAAAAGAUUGAAAUGUUUUUGUAUGCUCUAAUUUUAGAUUCGAUAGAAGCAAAUGUUGAACGAGCACAAAGUAAUGUGGAGGGAGCUAAUGUCCAACUCAGUAAGGCCAGUGUAUACCAGGUAAGGCAGUGGUUAAAGAUCACACAAAUUUAGAAAGUUUGUUUUUGGUAUCGUUGUUUAGGGUAAGCAUAUCCUUGUGAUAGUCUGCUGGUACGAGACUGACUCGUGUAGCUUUCAGAACCAAAACAGGUUUCUUGAGUAUAAAUUGACGGUAAGCAUUGCUAAUUUCCAGAACAGGAUAUCAUUCCUUUGGAGGUUACCUCUAUUAUUUCGUAAAUACUGAGAUUUGCAGUGUGAAGUACUAUUAUUUGUGUCACGGCUUGGACAAAUGGUGUAUUUUCACAGUCAUUCGCUCCAAUCUUUGAAAUGAAAUGUGAAAAAAUCUUAGUAUGUAUGAAAAGAAACAUCAUACCAUGGAAAGUGCUUGAACAAUUCUUGUGUACUUGUUGCAAUGCAUCAAAAACUCAUUUGUUCACUGUGCUCAAUCAUUUGUUUUUUCAUGCAUGGCAACUCAAUGCUAAAAAUGGUUGGUGUACAAUUUCCAUGGAAGAAUCUCUUUAUAUUUGUGAGCUAACUGGUUUUCUCUGUCUCAAGGGUUUUAACUGGAAUUGAACUUAUCAAUGUUCCUGAUAAGUAAGGGGAGACUGUCAAACAGGAUUUGAAAGUAUUGAGGGAAUUGUUUCAGUAACAUGUGCAAAUACUGAACUUCAGAAUUUUUUUUCCUUUCACAGAAAUCAGCCCGUAAGAAGAUGUGCAUAUUACUUGUUAUUAUUGCGAUCGUUGGUGGAGUUAUUGGCAUAAUUAUUUGGCAAACAAAUUAACAAGCAUAAUUUUGACAGCAAAUUACUUCAAGAUGAAGAAUCAAAUCAGUUAUGGUUUCCCCCCUAGUUCCAGAAACUGUCUGAAUCAAUGUUUCAUGAAAUUGGCAUAAGGUUUUGUAAGACUUGGAAAGAGUAUCACCUGGAAUAUGUAAACAUUAUUGGAAAAAA